AUGUCCUUCCUCUCCAAGACUCUGACAGAGGUACUUAACUUGCCCUCCGUCUUCGACCCCAAGCAGCUGCUAUGCCAUGGAGACGUUUCAUGGGUGCUCCAUGUCCACAUCGUUUGUCUGAACUACGACGGCAAUGCCUUUGACCUUUGCCUCUUAGCGGCCAUUGCUGCAUUGGAGGAUGCCGAGCUUCCAGCGCUGGUGAAAGGAACUUUGGGGCCAGAGGCGGGAGAACGUCUUGCCAUUGCACCUGCGAACGCUGAGGACGUUGUGUCGGAGGCGCGAAGGCUGGUGCUUCUGGCAAGACCUCUGCCAGUGACCUUUGCUCGGAUGCCAGGUGGCCAGUGGGUGCUGGAUCCUUGCGCUGUUGAGGAAUCCUUGGGCGCUUCUGUGUCUCUUUGCUUCUUGGAGGGACGCUGGCUGGUCUUCCAUCAGGGUGGUGGUGCCGAUGCCAACCGCUUCUUGGAAGAGCUGAUGCCAGUGGCGCGCACAUCUACGGAGAAGCUGACCAAACUGUUCGAGAACUAA